CUCAGUUUCUGGGUUUUCUUCUCUGACAUUGUGUCUUUGUUUUUUCAAAGCAGAUUAAAAGAUGAAGGAAGAAGAGGAGGAAAUUUCCAUUGAGGAGAAAAACCAUCAAGUGAGUUCCCUGCCAGCAGAAAAUCAAACCACAACAAGUCCAGAUGGGGCUCAUGAUGAGGAUGGGGACUGUCCCAGUGAAGGACAGCCGGUUCAAUGGAUCUCCACUGAGGACAAACAACACCCCUGUGAUUGUGGAAAAUGUUUGAGGUGGCCGUGUGAACUGAAGGAACAUCAAUGUUUCCACACCGGAGAAAAGCCGUACACCUGUCCUAUUUGUAGGAUGAGUUUUACCUGGUUGAGAAGUCUGAAACGUCAUCAGCGUAUCCACACCGGAGAAAAGCCGUACACCUGUGACCAGUGUGGAAAGAGUUUCACCCAGCUGGGAAAUAUGAAACGUCAUCAGACAAUCCACAGUAAAGAAACUCUCCUCCCACCUCCGUGAUAAUCUUUAAUA